UCAAAAACAGAAAAAGACCUAAUUCGCUGAACCCCUGCAACUUUACAUCACCAGAAUUUAGCGGCCACACUUUGUUAACAUUAUUUUAUAUACUCUGCAACUGAAACAAAGAAAGAAAAUGGCAGGGGUCAUUCCUGAAUCAGCCAUUGAAGCAGUUAAUCGAACUUUAAACAAUUUCAAAGAUUUCCAAACUCAUUUUUCUGAUUUCUUGCCCCUUUGUGAACCUGACACUCUUUCUGAAUUACACCCUCUUCAACGUGCUCAAUCUUUACUCUUGCUUGCCAAAGCUACCACUACACUCUUUACAUUGAAGCUGCGUUGUACUGGUGUUGACCCAGAUGACCAUCCUGUCAGUUCAGAACUUGAGAGAUUGAAGUUGUAUCAAGAAAAGCUGGAUAGGUGCAUAGACUUGAGCAAGGCUCCCUUGCGACCUUCAGCGACUUUAAACUACCAGGCAGCAACCCGUUUCAUUGAGCAUUCAUUGCCUGACCUUACCAGUGACCAAAAGAAGAAUAUGAGAGAAAUCAGUAGACGGGAGAGGGUAAAUCGUGGCCAUUCCGAAGGACAUGUUAGUAAGAGGAGAAAGUAUCUAUCAUCUAAUAAAACUUCUGUAAAGACUGCUGCUCAGGAGUUUCUUGAAAAAGCAACUCGUGAGCUACUUGGUGAUGAGAAAAGUUCCUUCAAGGGGCCUUUAAGGCCUCAAGAUUCAGAUGGAGAUGACAUGUCAACUGAAAAUUAGAUGCCAUGGCUGCGCCUUGCAGUACAUAUUCCGCAUGUUGUUUCGAAUCCCCUCUUUGUUUCUUAGGUAGGUUUUUAGUAAGUUUGCAUUGUAGUACACUAUGUAUGUCUAUUAUGAUUUAUGUAAUAGGAUUUUGUGUUACAAAAUGGUUUCAUAGUGUUAAAAGGGCGAUUCGAUAUUGAAAGUAAUAAACUAAUGACCAGGCUGGGUUGAUUCAA